AUUCAUAAGUUGGAUUACAAAGCCAAUUAUCUAUGGGAGCCUGUUUACCCAAUUUUUGGGCCGUGACUAAAACUCCAAUACAGGGGCGAUUUUUUUUUGCGUGUGUGUUCCCGGUUUCUCUCUUGCAGACGACAUCUGUAGUGAUUGGGCACACACGUGAGGAAAAACGCACCGUGCAAGCAAAUUGAAGGCAGUGCUACUCUCAUCUCUCUCUCUCUCCUUGUGUUCAGUGAAUCGAAUGCUACAGACGUUCGCAGCCAAGGUACUUCCAACAUGUAGGUAUAACUAACGAUGUUUCAACGCUUUGAUUUUUAAGAGGAAAUGUGUUCAUGAAUGGACGGAUUUAGAGCUAACGAAUAAUGAAAAUAAUUUCAACGAUCGUUUUCAACAAUGGAAACCCCUUUAACUUGACUUGGAAAAUCUCGGAGUUCAUUGUGUUGCCUUUUAAACGCUGAGAGGGAAUGACAGGUGAAAACUUCAGAAUUAGAUACGACGAAAAAACAAAACAGGGCGACGAGAAGGGAAAAAAAUCGAAGCAAGCCUUUACACACCAAGUGAACUUAAUCGAAAGUCAACAGCCGCUAGGAAUUAUGACAUUCUCAGUCAUGUCUAUGGUGGAAAUACAUGGAAGUUAGGUUUUCUCACAAGCCAGGUGGCCGGACGUUAAGUUUCGGACAGUAUGAAAAUGGAAAAAGAAUGAAAUUUGCAUAUGUUACUAAGUGAAUAAGGCAAGAGAAACUACAAAGUGCCCAUUGCGAUUGAAAAAAAUCCGGAAAGUGCAACAAUGUAUAAUAGCGCUGAUGAAACGGAUCCGGAAGCUGACGAGAGUCAGGAAAACAGACCUCUCACAAAACGGAAACUUUUGAUGAAGCGCCGUCUAAGUCCCUAUAAAUUCAAGAGUGAGGAACUAGAGAAAUUAUACCAGAAGUACAUAUACAAUCUUCAGCAGUCUGCUCUUCGCUAUACCUUGGGUGUCUUCAUAGUCCUCACAGCAACAUUGUCCGCGCUCGAGUUUGCUUACAUUCAGAAUUUCACCAUCUAUGGUGUCUGUCACGGAGCCAUGUGUAUUAUCUUUGUCUCGAUGUUUAUUCUGAUGCUGUUCUUCCUUUUUAAAUACGAAUGUAUGCGAGAGGUCCACUUUAGAGUUGUGGUACACGUGAUAUUAUUUUUCAUUGUCUGCUUCGCCGUGCUUUCUUUCCCAUUUGACCUUGACCACCCUUUGGCACCUCGACCUCAGUACACUCACGCGGAUGGGGUGUGGCAGAUUAUUUUUGUUGUUUUCAUCAUCUACUCGCUGCUGCCUUUGAGGACAUUUUUGGCCGUUACCUGUGGCGUCAUUAUUCCAGUGAGUCACGUGAUUGUUUGCAUAGUCACCAAGACUGGAAGUGACUCUGAUUGGUGGAGACAGUUGCUGGCCAAUAUAAUACUUUUCAUAUCGGUCAACGUUGCUGGGAUAUUUAUAAACAACGUCACACAGAGGGCGCAGCGGAAGACGUUCGUGGAUACCCGGAACUGCAUAGCCGCCCGGAAGGAGAUUCAGCAGGAAAACGAAAAACUGGAGCGUCUGCUGUUGAGCGUUUUGCCCCAUCACGUGGCCCGUGAAGUCAAACACGACAUCACUGUAUCCGAGGACGAACGACAGUUUCACAAAAUAUACAUCCACCAUUACGAACCCGUCAGUAUUCUAUUUGCUGACAUCGUGGGAUUCACUAAAAUGUCUUCAAAAUGCACGGCGCAGGAACUAGUGACAGUCCUGAACGAACUCUUCGGCAGCUUCGACCGUCUAGCCAAGUUCUACAAUUGUCUGAGGAUCAAGAUUCUGGGCGACUGUUACUAUUGUGUGUGUGGUGUGCCUCAACCCAAUGAAGACCACGCUAAGAUCUGUGUGGACAUGGGAUUGGACAUGAUAGACGUCAUUCGAAUGGUGUGUGAUAAAACGGAUGUUCCAUUGAACAUGCGUGUUGGAUUGCACACCGGAAGAGUGCUAAGUGGAGUUCUGGGAUUGAAGAAAUGGCAGUUUGAUGUAUGGAGCAAUGACGUUACUCUGGCAAACCAAAUGGAGUCUGGUGGAAUUCCGGGGCGAGUCCAUUUGACGAAAGAAACAUUACGUCAUCUCCCAGAAGAAUACAAAGUGGAACCCGGAAAUGGUGGAGACCGGAACACGUAUCUUAAAGAACGGGGAAUCGAGACGUUCCUUAUUACCGAUAGUCCGCCCAGAAACACUACAGGAAUCUGUAUGGGCCGGAGUAAUUUGAUUAAAGCCAAGAAACCGUCCUUCCGGAACACAUCUAGGAUUGUCCUGCGGCUAAUGCAGAUCAGGUUUAAUGCCGAGAUCCCGUUCUCAGACGUGCUGAAUCCUCAACCUGCCGAACCACCUCGACAUGAACCGGGAUCAAAGCUGUCAAACUUUGGAUAUUCGGUUAGAGACAAAAUACGCAAAGCUUUCCAAGGGCAGUCAAGUCGGAAUCCCCCUAAACAGCAGUCUAGCACGGAAUCCGCCAACAAAUACAUUUCACAGGCACUGAAAGCAAGGGACUUAGAGAAGGAAAAACGAGAGCAGGUCAACAGCUUCACCCUGCGAUUUAAGAGCUCAUUCCAGGAGAAAAGGUAUCAAUCCACGACAGACUUCGCCUUCAGUAGUAGCAUGAUCUGUUCCCUGGUGAUGUUGAUCUGCAUGGCGGGCAUUCAAACGGUGAUACUCCCACGAACGCUGCUCCUGUUAAUCCUGUUUUUGACAUCUUUCUGCUGGAUUGCUCUUGUGCUUAUUCUUAUUCUCUGCGUCAAGCUCAAAUGUACUGUGUUCGACAUUCGGAAGUCCUCGGGACUGAGGCUGUUUAUCAUGUUGGCUACAAUUGCUCUCAUAUAUUCCAUGUCACAAGUCAACAUAUUCUGCUGCCGAUCUUCAACGUUGUUUGAAGCUCUGACCAUGACGAGUUUGACAGGAAGUGGAAAUGCACAUUUAGCAUGUGAUUACCCACAAUACAUCUUCCUAGCUGGUGUCCUGAGCUUUAUUUCCGUUUCCGUGUAUCUGAAGCUGGCGGCUGCGAUUAAGUUCCUGCUAAUGGCCAUCAUGUUGGCUGUGUACAUUGUUGUCAUGAAGUUGACGCAUCAGAAAAUUUUUGACGUUUUUGACAAUGGUCACGAACGACAUGUGCCAACUCAGGUGACCGGGAUAGUUGUCCUUAUUGUGUUCAUGUUGACCUUGUAUCUUCAAGGUCGACAACAAGAAUGGACGUCCAGAAUCGACUUUCUUUGGAAAUCGCAGGCAACAGAAGAAAAGAUCGGAAUGACAGAAGUACAGAACAAUAACAAGCGGAUAUUGUGCAACCUACUUCCGGCGCACGUGGCGGCCCAUUUCUUGGAUACAUCCAGCAAGAAAACGGAACUCUACAGUCAGCAUUAUCCGAAAGUGGGCGUAUUCUUUGCGUCCAUUCCUAACUUCUCGGACUUUUAUAUAGAACUUGACGCUAACAAGCAAGGCAUGGAAUGUCUGCGUGUUCUGAAUGAAAUCAUCGUUGAUUUUGACGAGCUCCUCAAUGAACCUCGAUUCCGCGCCAUUGACAAAAUUAAAACAAUUGGUAGCACCUAUAUGGCUGCUGUAGGACUUAUGCCAGAUUAUAAGAUACAGGAUACUCGCGGAUCUAUGUCGCAAUAUAUGGAGCUGCUAAUUGAGUUUGUGUUAGCCAUGAUGGAUAAGCUGCAGGUCAUUAAUGAGAACUCAUACAACGAUUUUCAAUUGAAAGUUGGUGUGAAUAUUGGCCCCGUUGUAGCUGGUGUUAUUGGAGCCAAGAAACCCCAGUAUGACAUAUGGGGAAACACUGUAAAUGUCGCCAGCCGAAUGGAAAGCACGGGGAAACCGAAUGUGGUUCAGGUGACAGAGGAUGCUUAUAAUGUAUUGCACGACAAAUACGAGUUUCAGUGUCGAGGGGUAAUCAAGGUCAAGGGUAAAGGUGACAUGGUGACGUAUAUAUUAGUGGGAAGGCGCCGACCAGGGAGUGUCCUACACACAACAUCAUCACCACGUAUGUCGUCGGCUACAAUUCAGAAUCAUUCAAAUAUUUGUCCGUCUCCAAGCUCGCCUAAUCUGCACAGACCAGGGUCAAGAAUAUCAGCAAUGGAGGGAUCGCCCAGCAUCAACAGUAUGAAUAAUGUGCCCAACAGUCAUUUGUCAGGGCAACCUGGAAGUGGGUCAUUGGUUGUACGUAAUCCAAGUGCAGCAAGUCUCUCGUCGCACGAAAGUAUAUCUAGGAACGAGUCUUUCCGUUCACAGAAUCGUUUGCCUUUAAACUUUGACCCAGCGAAAGGAAUGCCUACUCCCCCAGGAAGUUUGAAUAGAAAAAGACGUAACAGCACAGAGAGUCCUAAAUAUCCUCCGCGGAAACCUUCGUCUAAUGCUCUGUCACACUGCAUUUCAGGUCACAUAUCUGAAACGGAGUCGGAAGUGACGUACGCACGAGUUGAUUCUCCAGAACUUCCUGCUGUUCAUUUCAUGAAUGUGAAAACACAGAAUGUUCACCCAUUACAGAACUCAAUGUUUGAUAAUUUAAAGACUAGUCCAAAUACAGCGGCACCUACCACGGAUCAGUUUUUACCCAGUCUAAAUUCUUACCCUGGAAGCAGUGCACCUCGAAUAACAAUGAAUGAUUUGUACGCUACGCCAAUAUUCGAAGACGAGACCAUCGAUGUAAAUUCUCCACUGAUGCCACAGUCCCCUUCCCAGCAGAACCGUGGGACUGAUCACUACAAACAAAUUCAACGAAACGUUAGCGAUAGUAAUAUUUUCAGUCAUCACCAAUCGCACUCAAAACUUCCACGCAGCACAAGCACACCAUGCACUUCAAACAUGAACAGUGCUGGUGCUGCACGAAGUUCUAUAGAUACCAGUGAAAGAACAAACCACAGAGAAAAAUAUACCGCACCUCAUUAUGCGUGUGUGCAACCGAUUAGGAAACCUAGUCAGAUUCCGUUGAGUCAGCCGAAAGGUCCGCCAGUUACAAAACCGUGUCAAGUCGUAAGUCCCACUGUGCCAAUGGUAAAACCCACGCCAUUCGUUAUGGCAGGUGUGAUUCCUGAGCUGCGUCAUGCCGUUAAAGCAGCGCCUGGACUACAAGCAAGAAACGCUCCGAAUACACAUCCUAUUAGUCCAUUCGGAAACCCUUCAUUUCUUAAUCAAAAUGAUUAUGAAAGAUCAGAGCCUAAUGAUAUCCCUGAAGAGAGUCGGAUGAUGAUCUCAAAUAUGUUGAAAGAACUUAAUCAAGUGGUAAGCCCUUCCAACCCCAAUCGUAGGAAAAUCAAUAGAGUAGAAAGUAACGAUGUUCAGCGUGAUAGAGAUUCAACAGAUGAUAUUUUUGUUACCGCUACCUAUCGUGAACCGCUAAGCCCUCAACAAGCUUUUUACGCACCACACCAGAUGAACAUGCAAGGUACACCAGUAAGCCUUCACAGAAAACCACCGUCGCCUCUACAUAGAUCUCACCAGGGAUUAAUUUCUUCACAACGACAGAGUCCAACGACAUCUCCAAUGAAAAGAAAUAUCUUUGAGAGAAGUGAGGAAGGAGACUCGAGGUGCUCCAUUUCCCCACCACCACCUCCUAUUCCUCCAAAACCAAAUUUAGAAGGAGGACGCAGGGUGUCAAGAGGAUCACGAGCAAGUAGUACAUCUUCCCAGUCAACUUUAACGCCCACUCCAGCUCUGGUGGCAAACAUUGACGGACGAACCAUGUCCAUUAUGUCUAGUCCCGAAGACGAAGCAUUUCAGGUGUCCGAUUCACAGCCCCCACCUUUGCCCGUCCGACGGAUGCAAACAGACAAAGGAUUACAAAAGACGGCAGAGGUGAAGCCUAAUGCAGUUCAGCGAAGUAAUUCCAGUCCUCGAAUGAAACCAAGGUCUUCACAAAUGCAUCAUCGGAGGGAGAUUCUUACACCAGUCAUGCAUUCCGAUGAUGAUAAGGAAUCCACUAGUUCGAAACCUUUCAGUGAGCAUUCUUCUGUGGUGCUGUUACAGCCAAUUCAAUUAAAGUUAUCCAGACCAGCAUAUGUGAAACAACUUUCAUGCCCCGCUGACGACUGUUAUACGCAAUAUACUCGUGCCUUCCUCGCAAACACCGACUAUAUGAUAUCGAAUUUAGACAGAAAUUUUUCGAGGUCAAGCGACACGAUUUAUUCAAGUUUCUCCCAUGGUCCGCCUACUCCCAAAUUCCCAGUCCUGAGUUCUGCCGCUUCGUCAUCUUUGACUCAGUUAUUGCAAGAACUUGCAGGGGAACAAUCAAGUAAAGAUAAGGAUUACUGCUUUGAAAAAGAACAUCAUCCGCCGAUGAAAAGAGAUGAAAUAGAGACAGAAGACAAAAGGGUUUCCCAAAGCUUUGGCAAGCCUCCGUCAAGUGGACAAGGUAUCCAAAAUUCUAAAAGAAAGUCUACAAAACUUCCAGUUCCGGUCAAGACAAAACUGGCUUCUCCUGUGAAUGAAUCUCCCAAGAAACCCACACCAGUUCAAAAUUCAUUUCAAGUUAAGCGACGUGGAAACUUUUCGAUGCCAGUGAGACCCUGCAAAAGUUUAGACUACAUACCAAGUGACAGAGAAGAUAAUGCAUCAUCGGCUGCAUCGUCAGCGUGCGGAAGUCCUAAAAUGAUGAGGGACUAUAUGAACCCAUGCUAUCAGGCUAGAAUUGAAGAAUAUCUUGCAGGCAGAAAUCCACUUGGACUUGAGAGUUUAAGUCUGUCGUCAAUUGCAAGUAGUAGCGAGAUGUCGAAAAGCGAUCCGACCCUCAAUAUUGAUUCGGGAUCGGCGGCGUAUGAAUCGGAGUAUGAUAAUUACCGUCCUGGUAUGAUGAGUGAUGACGACUACUUUAUAUCUGAUCCAUUUAGUGACCUUGAAAUGUUGGAUGAACUUGAUAUCGAUCACGUGACAGUCAGUGACCAUUUUAGUGUUGAUAUGCCUCUCCCAGGUUUACAGAAGAAGACCACGACAGAUGUGUAAUGAUGCCGCAUGGAUGUCUGAUGUGUUUUUGAACCGUGUGUAGCAUAAUUUCAAAGGACAACAUGUAUUACGCGUCAUACCAACUGAUGGACAAUAUUUGUGAUCAUGGCAUAUUAUUAUACUAGUAUAAGGGUAACAUGGCAUGAUUUUAAUUAACUUUUUAUGGAGAGAGAGAGAGAGAGAGAGAGAGAGAGAGAGUUCUGCUGUGUUUGAUAAGAAUACUCAUUCAGAAAGGUAACAGUGUUUACCUGACAUUUAAAUGAUCAUGGUGCUUUUGUGGUAAUGAUUAUUUUCUUUUAAUUACGCUUAUUUCCCCCACCCUGGUGUUCAAUGUGAGACAUGUAAAUGACGAGUCUUAGUUUGUAUCCUCGGCAACAUACAUUUGAGAUUAAAUGAAUUGAAUAUUAUCAA